AUGUACCUGACAGAUACGCGUCUGGGUUUUCUUCAAGAAUUUGACGCGGUACUUGGUAGAGAACUUUUGCCUGUUUAAAAGAAGAUUGCGCCUCUCGACCAAGUGGAUGCCAUCGAAAAUAAAAUUCAAUCUCAAGAAGAAAAACGACUAUGGAGGAGCUAAGCCAGCUGCCAACGGCCCGAAAGUUUUUCUGGAUUUAUGAAGCAGCUAAAUACGUGUCCAAAUACUCUGAUGAGAAAACGAACAGUUUUGAAGUCAGAUAUAGCCAAAGGAAUGAUGAAAGAUCCAAAAAGCUCUUUGGAUGCGUGGAUAAGCCAAAAUGCAAUUGACUCCAUUCCUUGUCUUAAGGAUUAUCAGGAAGUUAGUUACUCGAAAAUUCAACUAAGACAAAUCUCUUAUCCGAUUUAUUCAUGCCUGUAUAUACCGAUAACUCUGGGAUGGUUACAGCCCACUGAAUCGCCUGGUACGGGUGGCACAUCCACAAAAGUUUUGAAAGUACAUGCAAACCAGCUGGCCUACCUGCUGUCCAAAUUUUUCAAAACUUAGAUUAAGGUGGGGGGUUUGUCUACUUAAUGUCAGCUUCGCAAGGUAAAUCCCAUAUAUAAAGGGCGAGAAAGAACCCCUUCAGAUAUUUUCAGAUCGGGGACUUUCGCAAGUAUCUGUUACAAACUAAGGGAAAAAUUAAUAAAACAGAACUGAUGAGGCAUGCUAAGGUGAGCAGCUUACCUGUAAUGCAUCAAAAUAGAUCCAGGAGCGAUCGAUCUCUCUUCAUUAACCCGUUUACAUGCAUGGAAAUCCGAAUGAAAUUCCCAGAGGUGGGUUUUCCAGUAGAUACACACUAUAUUGACUCCUUCAAAGCCUUUAACGCGAUCCCAUACUAAUGGCUAAUUUCUAAAUUGCGUUAAAUGGGCGUGAGUGGCAACCUACUCAAAUGAUUGGCCAACUUAAUUGCAAGCGGAAAUCAGCGUAUUUACAUUAAUAACGUCAAAUCUGAGUAAGAAACUGCUAACAAUGGGGUCCUGCAGGACGAAGCUCCGGGUUCCAUUCUACUUUUACGUAUGUGGACGACUGCCUUGACUGCUUAACCUGUAUACAUGGAAAAAAGAGGGAUUUCGAGGUACCCUUUAUAUUUCCAUACGAAGAAUAGGUUCCGGACUGCUGGACUUGACAAGUAGGGUCCGAAGGGUAAGGUAAGGUGUCAGCUAAGAAAAACUCCAUUCACAAGAGGCACCAUCCGACGUUUCUACAGGGCGAUAGGAAGACGCUGAGCGAUGUUGAACGCAGAGUAGUAGUCAAUAAAUGCUCUUGAACACACACAUCAACUUCUGUCUAGUUUCUUAGAGCGGAAUAGACCACAAGAACAACAGCAUCCAAUGCACUGCUCUCCAAGAAAUUUUUAUCGUCGUAUUCUGAAAAUCUUUUCAAAUAAACACUUGUUCGACAAUUCGAACGUUUUAUUGUCAAAAUAUUAACCUUCCGCAUUGGCUCAUAGAUCACUGUGAGAUAUUGCAAAUUUGUUAAAAGUAAUUCGAUGCGUAUUUUUCCGAAAGGAAAGAUACCGCUCAAGCGGAUAAUUUCAGUAAUAACAAAAGUGGAAUAGAAUACGUUUGGAUCUCUCGAGCGAUAUAUCUCUUUAGUUCAAAAAAGCAUUAUAUUAGAGAAGAAACUCGAGAAAGUUGUUUUCUUGGGGUAAGAGUUUCAAUGGCUCUAGAUUAGAUUCUGGUUUUACUAGGGUCGCCUUCCAAUAUCACGGGAAUAGUUUCGGUUCACCUGGCUAACUGUAGAAAAAUUUGAAUGCGGUUUAGAUGCAGUCCCUAAGAGAACUUUAGAUUAUGAGUUGCUUGAGUUGUCCUAGUAGUUGUUUGGAGUACGAAGUCUUAACACUGAUAGGCUAUGAUGCAAUAAAGCACAAAUUAACAGGCGAAAUAAUCUAAAGCAACAUUUGACCAUGUUCAAGACACCUCCACGUUCGUCGGAGGGCUUGCAUACAUGACACGUAACAAAGCUUUAAGAAUAGAAAAUAUAUCGAAUUAUAUAAAAAUAGUCUAAAAUAGUUUCUUGACACUAGAAUUACUUUGUUUGUAUGUGCCAAUUUCACUAGCUGGUCACUCGUUUGGCGUUCGCGGGUUUCCGAACUCACCCGUUGGUAAGUGUUGUUUGUGUUUUGUUAUUUCUAUACGUGUUUGUCACUUUCUUGCAGCUCAAGAAAUAGUACUAACCUUUCAAAUUUCGUCGGUCUCUUCUGCUUAAUUUUUCAUUGUUUGUGCUUUUAUAUUUACUCGAGAAAAUGAAAUCCAUUUUUUAUUCUAAAUAAUCUUUCUGAUUAGUUUUUUGAAGGUAACACUAGGCGUUUAAGGAAGACUGUAUCCUAUUAAUUAGAAAGAAGGAGCGUAUCGUUUCACAAAUCCUAAAUUAUAUUAUUGUCUUGUUUGCAUAGUAGCCCAGUUGAUUGACUCAUCUGCAUGCAUUGCUUAUUUUCAUUGCCAAGAAGCCAACUUGCCACGAUGUCCUCUGAAUGUGCUAUUGAUGUGUGUUAGACACAACGUUAGUCCUCAGGUCUAGAUGUAUGAGAAUUUUACAACUAAAACCCGGGUUACGGGGUUCUGACUUGCAAGUUAAUUUUUGUAUCAUGCCAGUUUAUACGAUAAACAUUUAAUUCAGAUUAAAAAUUUAAAAAAUCCUUCGCUUAGUUGACGAAAACGUGAAGUAAAAUUUUUUAGUAUAAAAAGUUCGAAUUUCUGGCAUGCCGUUACUUAAUACUUCUCCUUUUUACAAUGCGCUCUAGAUUCUAUAUUACUUUUUCUUACCGAAAAGGAAGACAACUUGUGGUCUGCUUUUUCGUAUUUUCAGUUCACUGGCUGGAAAUACGUAAGUGUUCUUGAAGUAUGCGAAGUUUCAAGGUUCAAAUGUUAUUUGUUAUCAGUCACUUCCCGUCUUUUAUUUUGGGUACCCAUUGAUCAUGGAACAAGCGAGAAGACAGCUUUCCUCUAUUGAUUCUCCGUCGCACCCAUUUUUCAGUCCUGGGGAACGCUAAAAUCAAUUACUUUUUAUACCGACCAUAUAUUUUAUAUACCCUUAAAAAUCCUGUAGUUGAAGUAUCAUGUGUUGUUCAAUGUCUUCUCUUGAUUUGGUGCUCAACACAUCGAAACAUUAACUAGAGUGCUUGUGAAGACUCCAAGGUAUUUAAAUCGAUAUUAUAAUCGAGCCAUUCGAUCAUUUUCUGUGAUUAUUCUGGACUCUUCAUUCGGCAUUGUUUGAGAAACCCGAUGCCAUUUUAACUAUAAAACAUUAAUAUUUGGCGUUUAGAAAACAUAACAUCUAGGUACAUUCUGUCAGUUUAAGCCAUUUAAACAGCGUUAUUUAAUUCUGCUCACUGUACGUCACUGUCACCAAUAAAUAUUGCUUCUUUUUUCUAAAUGCCCUUUAGAACAAUUGGGAGCUCUAAAUAGCAAUUUUUUUCACCCGUGUUCUUUACUAGGAACUCAAACUGGACAAAAAAGACUUUGGUUAUCCAUUCGAAGGGAUGGGGGAUGGGUUUCGUGGACGCUCUUCUACCUGGAGUGCUGGCACCACGUCAGCAUACGGGAAAGGCGAUCUGGUAGCUGGUCUAAACGAGGACUGCAAACUAGCUUACCCAUUUGCCUCUUUAAGAAGUGGUCAAUUUCAAGAUGAGGCCCUUAGUCUUCAGUUUAACGACUUUGGCGAUCUCCACUCCCCCAAAUUGGGGCCUCAUUAUUCGCCCGCCAGUAGCACUACGGCGACCGAACUGGGUUCUCAGGAAUUUCACCUCCGCUCGCACCUCCUAGAUAAGACACCUGACUCCGACUAUGGAGACGCGCGUUCGAACCUUCUUACUGUGAUGGCCACCACCAGUCAAUCUUCACCAUCGCGUAGUAUGCGAGAUUGGAACACCUCUUUUGCCCUCUCCAUGGGUCGCAGCUCUGGAUUCCAGGAUGUCUCCUCCUCUUCUACCUUCUCCCCCGUCUCCUCCUUUGGAACACUUUCGCAGGGUGUUGUGACUCCCUGUGGCACAGGCGCCGGCAGUUCCAGCAGUACCAAUACCCUUCCACCAUUCAGCUCGUCUGCUCCUUACCCCCUUAGCAAUGGCUCCGGUUUUCCGGACGCAGCUUCUCUCAAUAAACAUUGUCCGGCCGCAGCAUCUGCACACGUCUCAGGUUCUCCUAGUCCCGCAAAUUCCCAAGUCUCGCUCCCUGGCCCUCUCACAAACUCUACUACUGCUGCCACCACCGGCAGUGGUGGUGCCACAAACUCGGCAAAACGACCCGCUCGACGCAAUCCCUGGGGGGCGGAGACUUACUCUGAUCUUAUUGCUAACGCUAUCGAGUCGUAUCCGGAGAAACAAGCCACCCUACAGC